AUGUAUGGAGGACCUGACCAGUGGCACAAGUUAUACCCUAUUGCCAACAGAGACCAUCAAUCUCCUACUAAACCCAAGGAUGUAAAAAAAGGUGUAUGUCUGAGGCUCCUCCAGAUCAUUUGGAAACCUUCCACGUGCAAAGAGAUAGUCAACUUUGGACAAUCAUUCCAUGUGGAUUUUGAGGAUAAGGACGAUCAGUCAGUGCUGACCAGUGGACCUCUGACUGGAACAUGGAGGUUGAGGCAGUUUCAUUCCAAAGAUCAAACUGAUGAGCAAGGAUCAGAGCACACAAUGGGUGGAAGGAUAUAUGCCUCAGAGGAUUUUAAAUUUUCUUAUUUACAGAUUGGCUUAUGCAAGGGAAACCUGAAGGCUGUCUUGAAGGCCUUGGAUUCAGUAAAGACUAAGAUGAACGUCAUCACAGACUGA